AACGCACCACUGUGGCGCUUCAGAGAGCGCAGCCUUGCCGCUUUUGGAGGGAACCACGGCAGAUGGCAGGAGAGGGAAAGAGGAGGAAGCUACGAGCCGCAGCCCCGCUCCAGAGGCUGCCCGGGCAGGGCAGCGGGCAGGGCCGGGCCGGGGGCUCGCAGCGGCAGCGCCGCGCUCCUCCGGCCGGGCAGCGCCGCAGCGCCCGCCCCCGCACCCGGCAGCUCCCGCUCACCUUUCAGCGACCGGCUCAGCGCAUCUUCCUCCCUCCCUCCUUCUCUCCCGCAGCGGCUGCUGGUAGCGGCCCAGAGCCCUCGGGCUCGGCGGGUGCCCGGCGCUGUUCCUCCCUCAGCCGGCGGCAGCUCCCGCUGUCACUUCACCCCCACAUCCCGCCGGCGGCGGCGGCAGCUGCUGCUCCUAAAUUCACGGCGCUCCGGCGGCAUGAAGUCAUCCUCCCCGCCCCCUCCGCGGGCCGCCGCACUCCGCUCCCGCCGCGGAGGGGGAGACGGCCCCGCCGGCCGGCGGCCCGAGCCCCGCGGGGCCCCGCCGCUCCACCCGCCCCGGAGGGAACGCCGCUCCCGCGGGAACACCCGUGCCCGACCGCCCGGGAGCCUGCGAGGGGCGGUACCGUCUCCCGGGUGCGGUGGCGGUCCGGGGGACCCUCCCCAGGCACGGCGGCGGGAUGGGCCGCUCCGCCCCGCGCCAGCCGUGCCCUCCCGGGGCUCCCCUCCGCGGGCGCGGGCAGCGCGGAGCUCCGGCCGCAGGGCUCGGCACCGCCCGGCCGCACCGCGCUGAGGGCAGCAUCGCGGGAGGGCAGCUCCCGCCGCGCUGCGAGGCCCGAGCCAAGGGAGAGCGUCCCCGGGGAGGGCUGUGUGCCUGGGUCUCGCCGUUUGAAGGAAAAUUGGCUGUAAUCCCUGGUGCUC